UUAAGUUUCACUUUCUCCGCACAAGGAGGGGCACGAGACUGUGCUGUUUCUUUUUCCACUUUCAGUUUACUGGCUCCAGCCAGCUGAUCCGAUCAGGAAAUAUCGUUUUGGUUGCAGCAGACCGACCUACGUCAAGUCGAGCCGAGAUGUCCCAGCUGGCCAUGUACGAGUACCAGCGGGAGGUGGUCCAGAGGGCUCUGCGGGGGGAGAAUAUUAUCGUGUGGCUACCCCCGGGAGCGGGGAAGACGCGAGCCGCCGUCUACGUGGCUCUCAAGCACCUGGAGACCACUCCCGGAGCCAAAGUGGUGGUCCUGGUACCUACGGUGCACCUGGUGGAGCAACACUACAGGAAGGAGUUCUUCCCCGGCCUCGGCCACGCCUACAAGGUGACGGCGGUGAGCGGCGACAGCGACGAGAAGAACUUUUUGGCCGCCACGCUACGCGACGCCCGCGUCCUGCUGUGCACGGCGCAGAUCCUCUUGAACGGCCUCACCUGCGACGAGGAAGCCAAACGCGUGGAGCUCUCGGACAUCACGCUGCUGGUGCUAGACGAGUGUCACCACACGCAAAAGGAAACGCCGUACAACAAGAUCAUGAGGCUCUACCUGGAGAAAAAGAUGGGGGGUGACGGAGCGCUGCCGCAGGUCCUGGGCCUCACGGCGUCGCCGGGGUCGGGAGGAGCCAAAAGCCUGGAACGGGCUGUGGACCAUGUACUACAGAUCUGCGCCAACUUGGACUGUGCCAUCGUUUCCACUCAAGAUUGUACUGAAGAGCUCCACAUGACUGUAAAAAGACCCCGCAAAACAUUUGACAUUGCGGAGAAAAGACAGGAAGAUCCGUUUGGCGAUCACGUGCAAUUGAUGAUGCGACACAUCCAUCGCUUCAUGAAGCCUCCCCCGGACUUGAUCUUUAAAGAGUUUGGCACUCAGGAGUACGAGAACGACGUAGUCACGCUGAAGAAAAAAGGCGUGGCGAACUACGACAGGCCGCUGCAGCAAUGCGCCAUCCACCUGCGCGAGUACAACGACGCGCUUUUGAUCCACGACACCCUGCUGGCGAGGGACGCGCUGUCCUCUCUCGAGGACUUCUACGCGGGCAAAGAGACCAACGUCAUCGACGACACGGACCGUUUUCUGCUGAAUCUUUUCAAAGAUCACCGGAGCGAGCUAACGGCGCUGGCGCGCGACCCGCUUUCGGAAAACCCCAAGAUGGCGCGGCUGGAGAGCACCCUGCUCGAGCACUUCGGUCCCAACGUCAAGUCUAGAGGCAUUCUCUUUAGCGGGACGCGCAAGAGCACUCAUUGCUUAAACCAGUGGGUGCGCGCCAAUGACAAGAUGCGCUUCGCCGGCAUCGAGCCCGCCGUCAUCACCGGCAGCGCCGCCAUGACGCAGGCGGAUCGCGACGACGCCAUCCGCAAAUUCCGCUCGGGCUCCGUCAACCUUUUGAUCGCCACCAGCGUGGCCGAAGAGGGCCUGGACAUCCCCCAAUGCGACCUGGUGGUGCGCUACGGACUCUUGACCAACGAGAUCGCCCAGCAGCAGGCCAGCGGCCGCGCCCGGGCCCCGGACAGCCGCUACGCCCUGGUGGCCCGGCGCGGCGGGCGCGAAGAGCGACGCGAGCACCUCAACGAUAGCCUGGAGGCGCUCACCGCCGAGGCCGUGGAAAGCGUCCGCCGGUUGAGCCCGGGAAAGUUCCGAGAGAAGAUCGCCCAACUCCAAGCGCUGGCGGCGUCUCGCGGGAAGCUGGCGGAGAUGCAAAUUUUGGAGAAAAACAGCUGCUACUCGGCCGCCGGCGUCCAGCUGCUGUGCUCUAACUGCUUGACGCCAGUGGCGCAAGGCGACCACAUCCAGCUGGUGGAAAAAAUGCAUUACGUCAAUGUCCGGCCAGAAUUCCGGAAUCACUACUACAAGGAAGGUGCGCCACUCCGUUUUGGCAAGACGUUCGAGGACUGGGAGCCAGGCUGCAUCAUCAAGUGCAAAAAGUGCAAUGAGCAGUGGGGCUUUGAGAUGAAGUACCGCAAGGCGGCGCUGCUGCCCAACCUGGCCAUCAAGAACUUUGUCCUUCAGACGCCCGGCGGAAGGACCACGGUAAAGAAGUGGAAGGAUGUCCCGUUCUGCGUGCAGCAUUUCGACUUUGCCCAAUUCUGCCGAAAACACUACCGAGAUUUGCUGGACUCGUAAAAAAUAAUGACGCAAACUCUCAGUUUGUUGAAUGGCUGUUGUAAACCAACAAUGGCACCGAAAUGAAAAAGAAAAAGAAAUCCCUCCCAAAAUACAAAUUGAACUCUUUCAGUGCCGUUGUACAUUGCAAACCGCAGUUCCAGAACUCUUUUCGCCCUUCACGGACAUCUAAUAUUAUAUUGUUUACUAGAAAUUCCCUUAAACUGGAUCUUUUUGAACUCUUUUAAUAAUAUCGUUUUUUAAUAGUAUUUAUAUGAAUAAUCAGAUAUAUUCUCCCAAAAAUAAUGAGAUGAAAAGCAAACUCUGUCACUAAUGACUUUCUUUUAUUUUUAUUUAUUAUUAUUAUUAUUUUUUUAAAUCUAAGUCUUUCGGCACAUGGAAGUGAAGUGUACAUUUUGUAAUUGACUUUUCUUAAUCUGAAUUUUAUUUUGCAUUUGCAUUUUUUUUUUUUUAAACUUUUGCACCACCAAAGUAGCUAGUAACUCCCUUAAACUGGAUCUUUCACCAACUCUUUUAAUAAUAUAGUAUUUUUAAUGGUAUUUAUAUGAAUAAUGAAAUCAUUGGUAUUGCAUUCUUAAAAAAAUAAUGAGAUGAAAAGCAAACUCUUUGUCCCUAAUGACUUUUUUUCUUAAUCUAAGUGUUUCGGCACAUGGUAGCGAUGUGUACAUUUUAUAAUUGAUUUAAUCUGAAUUUUACUCUGCACUUGUAUUUUCUUUAACUUUUGCACCACUAAAGUUGUCUUCAAAUCUCGUACAUUGUGUGUGAUGACAAAAACUUCACGUAAAUCAAUUCAUGUACCACGAGGAGAUACUGUGCUUUGACUUGAUCCUGUACUCAGACAAUAAAAAAAGUACUGUAAUAAUCAUUAAAAAAAAUGUAUACAUACACUUGUGUCUUUC